UGAGAUGAAUUUGAGAGCCAUUAAAAGUUAUAAUUUUUUUCAAUCUAAUUUCAUCCUUUAAUAUUACUUAGUUUUUCAAACUUUAUGGAUUAGAACUAAGGAGACAAAUGGAAUACUUUAUGAUCGAUUUUCAUUAUAUUUCACUUAUUUCCUAAACGAGGCGUAGGUCGGAAAACAUCGAGAAUGGAGCAAUCCCCAUCGGAUUCUUCGUCGAGCAUCGAAGCCGGAAGUCAGAUUCCGGCGACAUCCCCAAAUUCGGCCAUUCCCGAGACGCCCACUUGUUCUGUCCUUGAGGACUGCACCAGACCCAGAUCUUCGUUGAGCCAUACCGAGAUUUUCAAAGCCAUUGAUGUCGUCGAGAAGAACUCUCUCGCCAUUGCCGAGAGCUUUACCUCUCUCUUUGCUUCCCUGCGUUCGACUCUCUCCGAGGUCACUAGCAACUCUAUUGAUCAUAUGCAUUGCUUCAACGAUGCUGCAGGCCGACUUCAAGAAUCUGUGCUUGAUGCGGCAACAAAGGGUAAUCGAUACAUAAAUUCUUCCUUGAGAUUGAAUCAGGAAAUGAAAGGCAUGGACAAUCUAGCUGCUCAGCUAAAGAUUUUGAGGAAGAAUGUUGAUGAACUAGACUUGGCUGUGAACAAGCUCCUAAAUUUUCCAUGAGGCUCGGCUUGGUCGUAGUUCUUGCAAGCUCAAGGAUUAUCGUUUCACUAGAGAGUGAGGACACGGUUCAUGUCGAAAAAGUCGCUAGACAGCUAGAAUACAGUACAUGAAGGAAAAAAUAUAUAUUCAUUGCAUAGCUUCCUUCACAUUUUACUGUAGGAAGCAUCUCAUUGCAUGGUUGAUGUACUUAUGAGGAUGAAUAAGCUUACUGGAUUCAAUAAUCAGUGUCUCUUUUCUUUA